AAAAGCCAGCCCCAAACUGUCAGGACUAGUACGGACACGGUGCACACGAAGGCCGCUACAAGGCAGCUUCGACACGCCACUGAACAACCACGCAAAACCUUCGCAUUUUCAGGCACCCAGGCUUGCUGCCUUUUUUUUUUUCUUUUACUUUUUUUUUGAUCUUUCCUUCAGAGCGGCCGGAAGAGGGAAGCUUUGGGCGUUUUCAGCAUGGCCGUGGACUGGCUCGGCUUUGGCUACGCCGCCCUGGUGGCAUCAGGAGGGCUCGUUGGCUAUGCAAAAGCAGGUAGUGUCCCAUCAUUAGCUGCUGGCCUUUUCUUUGGGAGUUUGGCUGGACUGGGUGCCUAUCAGCUCUCACAGGAUCCAAAUAAUGUUUGGAUUUCUCUGAUUACAUCUGGAACACUGACUGCUGUCAUGGGAACAAGAUUUUACAACUCUGGAAAGUUCAUGCCUGCAGGGCUAAUUGCUGGUGUCAGUUUGCUAAUGGUUGGAAGAUUAGCACUGAAGAUGAUGGAAAAGCCCCACGAUAAAUAACUGUUCAUUUUACAGCAUAAUAUCUGAAUAAGAAAAACCGAUGAUGAAUCUGUGUGAAUGCAGAAGCAAGAUGGAACAAUUUUCUAUAUCAUGACAAUUUUGUUCCUUUUUUUAUAUAAGGAGGAGUAGCAUGAUGGGACAGAUUUGUUUCAAUGAUCUGGUAGAGCUAUUAUUGUGUAGUGAGAAACUGGUCCUGAAUUUGAUUUUUCUAGACGCAUUUCAGUGUAUUUUAACACUUCCAGGUUUUUUUAUGCCAAAUUAUGCUGCAGAUGUGCAUGAAGCAGAGAGGACCUGUAACUAAGAAAGUAUCCACAAAGAGGCACAAGGAGUAAUUGGCUAAAUACAAGUGUAUCUCAUACCUUUCAUACUGAGUAUUACAGUAUGCUUUACCUGUUGCAUUCUGUGUUGAUACACCAUGUCUGUAUAACACCAAACAGAUCUUACCUUUUUAUUGUGAAGCGAUGCUAAAAUGUUGCUUUUCUACAAAUAAAAUCUGCUACAAACCUUUA